AGUUUGCCAGAUCCGGCCCGGUGCCUGGGUUCCAGGAGGACACGCUGCAGUUGGCCUUCAUCGACUUGAGACAACUCUUGGAUCUCUUCAUCCAGUGGGAUUGGUCAACCUACCUUGCGGACUAUGGUCAGCCCACCUGCAAGUACCUCCGGGUAAACCCUGUGACAGCUCUGACCCUGCUUGAGAAGAUGAAGGACACCAGCCGCAAGAACAACAUGUUUGCACAGUUUCGGAAAAAUGAGCGAGACAAGCAGAAAUUGAUUGACACUGUGGCCAAGCAACUCCGGGGACUCAUCAGCAGCCACCACUCAUGAAGACGGGCCUCAGGCCCACAGAGGCUGCUGGCUGCAGCCCCGGAGUCCGGGACCCAGCGCUGGCUGGCCCUGCAUUUGUGCAUUCUUCUUCAAAGAGAACAAAUGUAUUUUUUUAUAAUAACCUAUGUACAGUAUUCGCAUAACCUUUCCCUAUAGUAGAAGAGGCACAAGAGUAAGCAAGUCCAUGAGAUGUUGCUAGGCUGGGCUUCAGGGGAAGUCAGGCUGCACUGUAUUUUCCUAGAGACGGUGGUGUCGUCAGUCCAGCAUGAGGAACCACCUUUCAUCCGUGGCUCUAGAGCUUAGGUCUGGGGCUCAGAAACUGAACAAACAAAAUGGGUACUUGGCACUGGGAGGUAAGGUGAGUAGGCAGAAGGAUAAUGAAGUACAUCCUGUUCGCUCCUAGGUUCCCCAUUCAUUGCAUAGGUGAGGCUGGUUGUUCCUGACGCAAGGAAGGGGCCUGGAAGACAUUACUACUUGGUCUAUAAAAGACCAACACACAGCUGUGGAGUUCCAGAGGUUUCUUCCCCUCAGUCCACUGACUUUCCCUGACCAGACAACAAGCAUGCCAUUGUGACCAGAUGACAGCUUCACCGCAGUCCCCCCAAGGGUGGCGUCUUUUAGCCUAGAUCUGCCCCCAGUGCUUUUACUCCUGAUUUUUCUGGGGCAUGGAAGAGCUGAGUGCGCAGUGGGACUAACUAGACCUUAUGACUAGCUGUAGGUUGCCCCCACACCAGGAGGAGGUCUUAAAAGCCAGUGUGAAUGGGAUUAGAGCCCCAGCCCCUUCCCCAUUCCUCUCACUGCCUUCUUUCCUGGUCAGGCGCUUGGUUCAGGGCAUAGGUCCACAGUUAUUCCAUAGACAGAGAAUCUCAGACUUGGCCUCCUCCAGCAGUGUCAUUGGGAUAGUCAGAUUGCAGAAGCCUGAAAAAUGACCUUUUGCUUUCCGCUUAGGUAAAACCUGAAGAUUACUUGGAAUCGUUCCUUUGUGUUUUAAAACCAACUUUCUGGCCACCAUCUCUAUAGGAAAUGCCACCAGCUCUGUGCUGUGGGGAGAGCUUUAGCUGGACUAGAUGCCUCGGGAUGGAGCCACUGUCACCGUGAAGUAGAGCAGGUCAGCCGUGUCUAAUGGUUUGUCACCCCGGCCUUCCCUCACCAAGUCAUACCCUGGAUAAGAAGCUCCUGCUCAAGCCUAAAGCUUCCGUCCCCUUUUGAGGUCCCCAUAGCUAUCUUUUGGCUUUGUCUGAGAAAGAUUGCCUGUAAUCCUAUCCUUCAAGCUCUGGAGUUUGCAGAGGAGCCUGAACCUUCUGUCCUCUGUCGCAAAUGGGCUCCGGUGACUUAAUGCAAAGGCUUUGCUAUGAGGUCAGUCAGCGGACCCUGCCCUUUAAGACACUUCAGGAAGACACUAUUAAGGCUACUGGCGAGAGUAUAAUUGUGCAUCACCAAACAAUGACAAAUAAGCCACACAGGACUUUCCAGCUAGGAUUAGUGGGAGGAAAGACUCAUCAAACAGAAUUCUUCACUACCUUUGUCAGCUACUGAGUUGCUUCUAGGGAAGGCAGUGCUUCCUUUUCACCCCACCCCCACCCCCCUGCCAAAUAUUAUGGCACAACUUAAAAACCAUGGAGAAGAAAAUAUGCACGCAGACACACACAGACUUCCUCAAAACUGGAAAGACCGGGCUGCUUGUGGACUCUGCAGAAGAUUUCUGAGGCUCAUUCUUGGGGCUAAUCAUCCUGAGGGCUUGGUCCAGGGUCUUAGAAUGAGGCUCAGAGAUGAAGGCUACCACUCAGAACUUCCAUAGCCAAGGGAAGGCAGGGGUCCACGGGAAUGAGACCUAAAAUGGCAUCUCUCAAAUUCUGGACUUUAUUAUAAAAGAGCAAGAAAUGAUCACUCUAAUCCUAUUGCUUAAGAAGGGCCCCCAAACACCCUCCUUCUCUAGACCCCAAUUAUGGCAGGACCUCUUUUGCUUUGAGUGCUGAGACUUUGAAGUGGAAUGGAGGGAACCUUAAGUAUGUCACUUUCAAGCAUUAUCAUUGUUGGUCUGGUCUCAGACCUGUACCCUGGAGAAACAGUGCUACAAAGAGAAAAUGAACAGGGUGGAAGAACAGGGUUACCUUACCCCUUGCACACAGAAGUCCCUCUGUAGAAAAUCACUUACUCAAGCCCAAGACUCACAGGGUAGAUCCUUUGUUAGACCCUGUCUUUCCUCUUGGUCUGCCUCCCGCCUUCCCUAACAAAACCAACAUGCACCUAUGAGUCGUCUGUGGAGACACACCCUUGGUGACCAGGGAUAGGUGAAAAACAGGGACUGGCAAUGUCUAAACUGUUUAAAUUGGUGAAGUCGGAGUUUUCAAUUUUGUCUAUAGGCUUCAAGCUAGGUCAGCCCUGGAGAGGACUUGUACAAAGCAUGGGUGCCUGCGUCCCCCAGAAUCCUGAGAUCUGGCCUCAAGUGCCCAGAGAUGUAGAUACGCCCCAGAGGCCUCAGUAAGAGUCGAGAACUUGGGUGCUUGGAGGCCUUUCCAUCUUCUAGUUGGCUGAGUUCUUGGGAAAACCAGAUCCAUAUUCCUGAAGGGACAGUCAGGUUGGGGACCCUAAUGGGUUGCAAGUAGUAAUUUAGACAGCUGGAAUAGUUUUAAUGUAUCACAUGGCAAAAUCUCUGAGUAGACUAAAUGACGCUGCUGAUGGUGGGGAAGAACAGGACGUGAAAAUUGGAAGCAGCAGAGUUCCCAUUGGUCAAGGGAAUAUACAGCAUCCAGGGAGCAAUACCCAGCAUUUGCAUUGUCUCCCAGGCCUCCAAGUCAGCCUAGCUUCACUGCACACUUGACAAGUGCUUGCUCAGCUAGUCCCAGACCCAGGCCCUUUGUCCCCAAGAUUGGCAUUGGCCAUGACUCUGCCCAUGAGGCCUCUGAGCACACUCCCCAGGGUCUGCUGCAGAAGCCCGGUCACCAGAGCCGCACUUCUUCCAGGAUGCUGCACCUGGCUGCUUUUGUUGCCUCUUUUAUCUUUUUCCUUUGCCUGAGUUUGGGAUUACUUUUCACUAAUGUGUUGGAAAUGGCCUUUUUAUUUUGCACAAAUAGUUGCACAUUUAUGAGGGAAAUUUAGGAAAGUCCGUUUUUAACUCUAAAGGGAACUUUUUUCUUUAAAACUCAACCAGUAAAGCUACUGAUUCAGAUGGGCCUCGUGGUUAGUAGAAAACCUCUUACGUGGAAAGAGCAUGUCUAUUCCUCCUGUAUGUUCUCUUUUAAUUACUAUUAAAUAAGGGAGCCUACGUACCUGUUCAAAAGCCAC